AUGUGGCUGAAUCAUUUUUCAACUCUUCUGGCAGCUGCGCAGAGGGAUGUGGUUGCGAAAUGGGAGAGCAGACAUAGCGAUGAGCAGGCGAAGGUUGACAUGCGCGACAGGGUGAGAACAGACACGACACAAGUCAGGCCACAGUGA